GACACAGUAAAUUCUUUCCAAGCAGACUUGUUGACAAUCAAGAUUUAGCUCAAAUGGAUAAUCAAGUCAGAACUGUUUUUGUUCGACCAGCGUUCGCACAAGCCUUUCUCAACCUCCGAAUCAGUUUUCAGUUCAACAGCUUCCAUGAUUUUGACUGGCUCCUACUCAAUGAAGUACGAUUUUGUACAGAUCCACAACCAAGAUUCAGGCCAGUUGUUAUGUUCCUAGCACCGUUGUCCAAUGUUAUCCAACCUAGUGCGGCUGACCUGACAAGAGGAUCAACAGAGUUAGUGUGCACUGUUUCCAGUGAAGGAUCGUACACAUGGCAGUGGGAGAGAGACAAUGUUAUGAUAGACAAUAAUAGGGACUACACAAUCACCAUUGGAGACGGAAGCAGAACAACUAAGUUGAUGAUCAAUAAUCUAGACUUUAGUGAUGCUGCUGAAUAUGAAUGUACAGGAACAACAGUGGAUUUAUCGAACGUACCGUCUACAAACUCAUCAAUACAAGACCUUCAAUUUCCAGAGUUUAUCUCUGCGCCUGAUGUCAGUGAAUAUCUACAGACUGGAGAGGUUACCCUGACCUGUGAGCUCCAUGGUUACCAGUCAUCACUCUCUCCUCCUGUGUGGCUGGACUUGGGUGGCAGUGAAAUAACUACCACUACAAAAUACACCAUCACUUCUGAUGAAGGAUCGAAAACAAUUGUCUUUGAGAAUGGCACUGCUAUCCCUAGUGUGAUUAUCAGCCUUACAAUUCGAAAUCUAUCAUUAGCUGAUGGAGGUACCUACACGUGUCGUGGUGUCAGAGGAGGGGAGAGUGUCACUCAACUUGUGAUUGCAGAACAGACAGCCCCUCCCACUACACAGCCCACCACUCCCUCAAUAAACGAAGGAACUAACACACUCAGUACUGGCACAGGUGGGGAACAGACUACUGGAGACAAUACUGGAGUGAUUGCCGCUGCCGUGGUUGUGGUCCUCUUCAUUGUUAUCAUACUAGUGGCCAUUCUUGUCAUUGCUUUAUUUGUUUAUAUCCGAUUUCGAGACAACAAAAAUAAUCAUACUGAUGAUCCUAUGUACGACUACCCAGAUGAGCUUCCACCUCCUCCACUACCACAACCCAGGACCAAUCAGAUUCAAGUAACUACCAUUUAUGAGACAAUAAUGGAUACUACCAACCCAGCAUAUGGUCUAACACUAUCAGCAAGUGCAGGCAUCUCUGUUGAUACCAAUAAUGCCUAUGGUAUGGUUAAAGACACUCGUACUACAGCUACUAAUUCAACUCAGCAACAAAAUGAAACACCUCCUGCUACCAACCCAACCUUUAGUGACUUUGAAGUUGCCUAUAUAUAAAUAAUUGUCCACAUGUGAUGUACAUGUGUACUAAUGUGCUUAUGUGUACUAAUGUGCUUAUGUGGUCUGCCUCGCACUCCCACUGUCUUGUCUAUGUUGUCACUUACAAAUUGUUCCCUCUUUAACCAUUAAUUGUGCCUUGUGUUGAAUUGCUCACUUAUGCUAGUGAUUAGUU